CGAGUCAAGAGUCAAAGCCCGGCCGGGAAAAUGUCCCGAGGAACGCAAACAGCAGCCCACGCUUGACGAUUCCGCCGCAAAGGUCGCGACAGCUGCCGAAUACCCCGGGCAAAGCAGUGUGCCACCAUCGCGCGUAUAUCAAUCGCCCCAGCAAAGCCCACAUCAAUUUGCGACUUGCUAGCCACCAGCCCGACCCUAGUGCGCGCGCGCAAGCCGUGCCUAUCCAGUAUCCACAGCUCAAGCCAUGGAGCCGCCGCGGCUGCUGGCGUUGGUCGCGCUGCUGCUGUGCCUGUGCGCGCUCCCCGCGCCCGCGCGGUCCCAGAACGCGACUACCACGCCCGUGGCCGCGCCGGCGUCAGUGGAGGGGUUCAACUGCUCUGCGAACCGCACGUACCCGUGCCAGGCCUACGCGCUGUACCGCGCGGGCUUCGCGGGCGUGCCACUCGACCUCGCCGCCGUGGGCGACCUCUUUAGCGUCAGCCGCUUCAUGGUAGCGCACGCCAACAACCUCUCCAUCUCGGCCGCGCCGACCGCGGGGCAGCCGCUGCUCGUGCCGCUCCAAUGCGGCUGCCCCUCCGGGUCCCCCAACACCUACGCGCCGACGCAGUACCAGAUCGCCCCGGGGGACACGUACUGGAUCAUCUCCACCACCAAGCUGCAGAACCUCACGCAGUACCAGGCCGUGGAGCGCGUAAACCCGACGCUGGUACCGACGAACCUAGAUGUCGGCGUCAUGGUCACGUUCCCCAUCUUCUGCCAGUGCCCGGCCGCCGCCGACAACACCACCACCGCGCUCGUCACCUACGUCAUGCAGCCGGGUGACACCUACGCGUCCAUCGCUACCGCCUUCGCCGUCGACUCCCAGUCUCUUGUUUCCCUCAACGGGCCCGAGCCGAGUAAGCAGCAGUUCCAGGAGAUACUCGUGCCGCUCCGCCGUCAGGUGCCGCAGUGGCUGCCGCCAAUCGUGCUCCGAAACAACGCCUCGGCGACGCCGCCGUCCCCGCCGCCGUCCGCGUCCCCCGCCGCGACUGUCGCGAGCAACGACCGGAACGGGGUGGUCACCGGGCUGGCCGUCGGGUUGGGCGUCGUGGGUGCUCUUUGGCUGCUGCAGACGAUUCUGCUGGCCUGCCUGUGGAGACGCCGCAAGGCGAAGGGGAGGCAGGGGGAUGCGGUGGUGAGCGGCGACGUUGUUGAGGGCGGCAGGUUUGCGAAGAGCGGGUCCGGCGGCGUCGGCGGUGGGGACAGGUUCUUGGUGAGCGACAUAUCGGAGUGGCUGGACAAGUACAGGGUGUUCAAGGUAGAGGAGCUGGAGCGCGGCACGGGGGGCUUCGACGAUGCGCACCUCAUCCAGGGCAGCGUGUACAAGGCGGACAUCGACGGCGAGGUGUUCGCCGUGAAGAAGAUGAAGUGGGACGCCUGCGAGGAGCUCAAGAUCCUGCAAAAGGUGAACCACAGCAACCUGGUGAAGCUGGAGGGGUUCUGCAUCAACCCGGAGACGGGCGACUGCUACCUGGUGUACGAGUACGUGGAGAACGGGUCGCUGGACCUGUGGCUGCUGGACCGCGACCGCGCGCGUAGUCUGGGCUGGCGCGCGCGCCUCCACAUCGCGCUGGACCUCGCCCACGGCCUCCAGUACAUCCACGAGCACACCUGGCCGCGCGUGGUGCACAAGGACAUCAAGAGCAGCAACGUCCUCCUGGACGCCGGCAUGCGCGCCAAGAUCGCCAACUUCGGCCUCGCCAAGACGGGCCACAACGCCGUCACCACCCACAUCGUCGGCACGCAAGGGUACAUCGCGCCAGAGUACCUCGCCGACGGCCUUGUCACCACCAAGAUGGACGUGUUCGCCUACGGCGUCGUCCUGCUCGAGCUGGUGUCCGGACGCGAGGCCGCCGGCGACAGCGGCGAGCCGCUGUGGGCGGACGCGGACGACAGGGUGUUCCGGGGACGGGACGAGGGGCUGGAGGCGCGGGUGGUGGCGUGGAUGGACCCCGUGCUUGCGGAGCAGACGUGCCCGCCGGGCAGCGUGGCGAGCGUGGUGAGCGUCGCGAGGGCGUGCCUGCACCGGGACCCGUCCAAGCGCCCCAGCAUGGUGGACGUGGCGUACACGCUGUCCAAGGCGGACGAGCACUUCUCCGACUAGUCCAGCGAGAGCCUGUCCGUCGACGGCAGCGGCGAAGUCGCCGCCCGGUGAACAAUUGUUGGUUUGGUUAGUACUCAGUAUAGUGCUGAGACAUCUGUUCGCGUUGUAAAUGUUAAGGUCUAGCGAGCGAUGAUGAGUGAGUAGUGAGUAAUAACGCCGGAAUUAUGACGGCCGCGAGGUCCGUCCGUGAGGUCGGCUUUGAGGUGUAGUAGCGUAAAGCUGUGUUAUUACGCAUACUAGCUAAGCGUAAGUAUGUUACGGACUUGAUAA